AUGGCGCUCCUGCACGCGCCUCGCGUCGCGCGGCGCUGCGGCGACGUUGCGGCGCUCGUGAGGCACAUCAACAGUCUCGACUCGUACAUCGGUACUCGGAGCUCGAUGCACAGUCGAGGGAGCAUUUCCCAGUCCGAGACAGCUUCGUCCCUCUUGCAGAUGAGACGAGCGCUGUCGGACAGGGCGCGUGCGCCGUGCGCGGCGGCCGAGGCGGCGCCCUGCGCGCCCUGCGCCCGCGCGCCGCGCCCGCCCUGCCGCCGCCCCGCGCCGCCCGCCGCGCGCGGCGUGCGCGUCACGUGCUGCGCGCCGCCGCGGGGCGCGCGCCCGCCCUGCGCGCCGCCCGCCGCGCCCUGCGCGCGCUCCUGCGCGCACGCCGCUGCACAGGCCAAACUAGCGCCAAACAGCUGCUCCGCUCCGAGUCGAUGCGGGGAUCAGCUGGACUGGGUGGCGCGGCGCCUCGCGGCGGCCGACAGCGCGCGUCGCGAGCUCUACGAGCGCGAAGUGGCCGCGCGCCGCCCGCCCCCCGCGCCCGCGCGCGCGCCCUACCGCCUGCACGACGAGCGCGAGUGCCUGCGCGCCACGGACGGCCAGCACUACGCCGUGUCGCCCGCCGCCCGCUGCGGGUCGGACCGCGCGCCGCCGCCGCCCCGCGCCGUGCACGUCGAGCCCUUCGACCGCUGCGAGCUGCGCCGCGCCGCGCACCUCGACCCGUGCGGACACCGCCCGAGGAUCUUUCUCGACAUAGACCGCACUACGGCUCCGAGCCCCGCCGCUCCCACCACGAACGUUCCUGCCGAGCGUCCGCCGCCACCCGCGGGCCUGACGACGCGGAUCAUGGAGACGCUCCGACGGAGCGCGCCCGCCUCGUGUCCGCGCCGUCCAUGCGCGCCGCCCCGUGCGCCCGACGCUGGCCGGUGCGCGCGCUCGGCGUCACCCGCGUCCGUGCCGCCGCCCUGCACCGCGCCCUCCGUCACGGAGCGCCUGCGCCGCCGCCCGCGCAGCGAGGGCGCCCGGCCCUGCGACUCACGGCGCGAGUUCCACACGAGCACGGCGAGGCGCGGCUUGGGCGGCCCGUCUUCCCGGCCGGAUACGAGUCAAUCGAUCGAUGUGAAAUCGAGUGAAAGUACCCUGGAGGCCAUUUUGCGGGCGAGGGAGCGGCUCGAGGAGGCGGGUCGCGGCCGCGUGGUCGCCGCGGAGGGCGCCACAAGCGAGGCGCGUGGCGUGGGCGCCGGGGGACUCGAGCUGAAAAUUCCGCCUUCAGCGGAGGCAAUCCGCGUGCGGGUGUCGCUCGACUUCACCGCAGCGCAGGCGUCCUGCCUGCCCGCACCCUGCCUGCCCGGGCCCGCGCCAUCCGCACUCGACUCGCGGUCCGCAUCUACAUUUUGCAGUUCCGAUUCGUGGCUAUCGAUAAAAAAUAUACAGAAAAAGUUGUCGGGAGGGCGGAGCAGCGCUCAAGCCCCGCCCACGCCGCCGUGCCCGGCGCCAGCGCCGUGCUCGCAAAAGGAACAUCAUCCUGAAUUGAAAAAUAAAAAGAGAGAAACAGAAUUGAAACGGACAAAUUCCCCUUGCGCCCCGCCGCCGCCGCGCCAGCACCCGGCGAGCAGCGCGCGGGCGCCGCACGCGACGCGCGCGGGAGGGGGGCCGUGCGGCGCGGGCGCGGGAGGGGGCGCGCCGAUACAAAACAAACCAAAAUUUUCUUCAGUGCAAGAUUUAAUUAUUCCUGCUAAUUUAUCUUAAAAUGAUAGCAAUUAUAAUUAUUGCCGUAUGUCGCUUUAAAUACACUAAUUCCUGUAAAAUUUCAUUAAGUAAAUUUUGAAUGUUUUUUUUUAAUUUUGAUGAAAAGUGAAUAAAUUGACAGUGACGAAUUA